UUUGUUAUCAAUUAAUUCUAUUUUGUUAUAUUGGUAGCACGUUAAUUAAGGAACUUUGAUUACAUUUUGAGAAGUCAUGCGUCUGUUUAUCAUUUUGGUGUUAGCCGUUCUGAGCUCAGCGUCCAAUUUACAAAUUGACAAGGCGAAGUUCAAUGAAGCUCUUAAGGCAAACCGUAAUGGCGCAAACAAUCGUAUCAUCGAGAGUAUAGUGUUGGAUCUUCUCGAACAAAUCCGGGAGCUGAUGCGGAAUGGUUCCGGCGAUAUUCCUGUACUUGAUCCUUUGAAUGUUGGCUCCAUAAAUGUUGAUGAGAAUCUUAUAGGAAUACCUGGGUCAUUUAUUGAAUUAAACAACUUGACGGUGUCGAAUUUGAGCGACUUCGACGUUGACUUGGGUUUUGUUACGGAAGGCAUUAUAUUUCAAAGAUACACAAUUACUUUGGACGCCCAUAUUCCUGAAAUCAACUUGGAUACAAGUAGCUAUGAUAUGUACUUAAAAAUAUUUGGAGGAGAAGUAUAUGGAAAAGGUGACAUGAAAUUAAAAAUCAAAAUGCCAAGACUGCAUGGAGUCAUUAAAGCAGCGCUAACCACAAAUAAUGGAAUAUCUUUGAUAUUGAAUGAAUGUGACUUAGCGAUCGGUCUUGGAUCUUUUGAGCCUGAAAUUACCGGUUUCUGGGGUAGCGAGACAUCAAGUGCUUUUAUUUCGGCGUUCCUGAAGAACCUCAUUCCUGAAUUAUUAGAUUUCUUUGAGAACGACAUCAACGAAUUCCUCAGCCAGACCGUACUCACCGUGGGAAAUGAAAUUCUGAAAGAUCUUGAUUUAAUUGAUCUUAUCAGACCAUAAAUUUAUGACGAUACAGUACCUACAAAAAAUACACUUCAAUAAAAAUGUUACAAGGAAGAAUUUGUAUUGAUCUAUUGAGUUGAGUUUGUAUAUACCAAGAAUUUGAUUUACCAAGUUUUUUUAUAUGGUAUAAGUAAU